AUGAUUCGCUUGUCAGGCUUAUUUUAUGUUGUGUUGGCUGUUGCAUUGUUCUAUAGUAUUUCUGCAAAUGUUGUGAUAUAUACUGUCACUUUUGAUCGAUGUAUUCACAAUUCAACUUGUCCUCAAGGAAAUCCAACAAAAUUUAAUUCUACUUUCACUUUGAAUGGUACCCUCAGUCCAAUAGUGACUUUGAACGUUGGGGAUAAAUUACAAUUUAAUUUAGCUACAACUGUUGUAAUUCAUCCGUUAACAAUCUGCAAAAAUAGCCCCGUACCAAAAUUCUGCCAAGGGGUUCGUGGUAAGGACGAACUUAAUAAACCGAUUACUAAAGCAGGCGAGACAACUUCUGUUACUUUCACUACUAUUGGUUCUUACUAUUAUGGGUGCCUUUUUCAUCCUGGAAUGGGUGCCUUAAUUAAUGUCACCAGUUCAACUGCUGUCAGGCCAUCGCCUUCCAAUGUGGACACUGGUACUGGGCAUAAAUGA